AUGGUCUUCACCACCGACCAAGACGACGGCUCCUGGUCCAUCGUCUCCCAAGUCCGCCAAUCCUCCCCAGUCGACACCACCGCCCCCUACUCCACCACCUCACUCUCGGGCAAAACAAUCCUCAUCACCGGCGGCGCCUCCGGCUUCGGCGCGGCCUUCGCCCGGCACUGGGCAAGUUUUGGGUCUCACAUCUUCAUAGGCGACGUCAACGACAGCCUAGGCCACGCCCUCGUCGCCGAGCUACGCACCGCCUACCCAACCCAAACCUUCCACCACCACCACUGCGACGUCACCUCCUGGACCGACCAGCUCUCCCUCUUCAAGUUCGCCGUCGCCAACUCCCCCACGGGGGGCAUAGAAGGCGUAGUCGCCGCCGCGGGGGUGGUGGACAUGGACAACAGCUUCGACUCCCCCCGCCGCAACGGCAGCAAAACAGAAAACAGCGAGCCGGAGGAGCCGAGGUUGAAGGUGCUGGAGGUGAACCUCACGGGUGUGGCGUACACGGUCCACCUGGCCAUGUUCUACCUUCCUCGGAACGGGACAGGGAGGGACAGACAUAUCUUGCUCGUCAGCAGCAUCGCCGGCAUUGCCCCCUUGCCGGGACAGACCGAGUACACCGCCUCCAAGCACGGGGUUAUGGGACUGUUCAGGGCGCUGAGGGGGACGAGCUGGACGAGGGGGGUGAGGGUGAAUUGUGUGAACCCUUACUUUGUGGACACACCUCUUCUACCGGCGAGCGGGAUCGCCUUGCUGGCUGGGGCACCAAAGGCCGAGUUGGGGGACGUGGUUGAUGCCGGGACGAGGCUUAUGGCUGAUGAGGGCAUCAGGGGAAGGGCGUUGGUUGUUGGGCCGAAGAUGAGGGUUGUGGAGGGGGAGGAUGGGGUCACGAGGCUGGUUGCUGAGGCGCCGACGAACCCCGAGGGGGAGGGGGAGAGGGUGCAGGCGGUUUGGGAAGUCUACGCGGAGGAUUUUGAGAGGGUGGAGAGUUUUGUUUGGAGGUAUGUUGGGAUGAUGAAUGUGAUGAAGAGCCUGGCGGGUUGGGUGGGGGUGGUGAGGGAUUUGUGGGGGAUUUAUGUACUCGGGAAGAAGGCGAAGUGA